GACAAUAACAUCACAUAAGAAAAAUGCAAGUGUGAAGUGAAGUCGACAAGUGGGUGUGGGUGUAUACGGUACCAGCACUCCAUGGGAGGGUACUCCAUUAAUGAACUGAAGUUUCUAUAAGAGAAGAAGAAGAAGAAGUAGGAGGAUAGGAUAGGAUCAUUAGUAGCAGAAACUCCGAAGAAGAAGAAAGAGUUUUAUGUUUCUGGAAUGAGCGAAAUCAGAGAGAGAGGUUCAACCAUUGCUGGGCCUUCGCGCCCUACUACGCUUGCAAUUGCACCCCGGCCGCCAUUGGAGAGCUUCUUCAACGAUGGGUUCAUACCCGGUUUCAGCCCGGGUCCUAUGACCCUUGUGUCCAGCUUCUUCGCCGACUCCGAUGCCUGCUCUUUCUCCCAGCUGCUGGCCGGAGCCAUGGCUUCCCCGCUCGCGAAACCCUGUCUUUUGGAGGAUAGCUCAUCGAAGAAGGGGAGUGAGAAACAAUCCGGGUAUAAGCAGAAUCGGCCGGUGAGCUUGGCGGCGGCUGCUCUUUCGCCGUUGUUAGUUGUCCCGCCGGGGUUAAGUCCUUCCGGGUUGCUCAAUUCACCUGGGUUCCUCUCUCCGAUUCAGAGCCCUUUUGGGAUGUCUCACCAACAAGCACUGGCGCAUGUUACAGCUCAGGCAGCGAUAAACCAGUCUUACAGGCAAAUGCAAACCGAAUAUCAGCAACAAUCCUCACCUGGAGAUGCGUUUGAGCAUGAUUUGAUGCCAAAUGAUUCGUUCCAACUUCAAGUUUAUGACAUGUUGGACCCGGAGAGUUUGAAGAGUGAGCCAGUAGAGGUCUCGCAAUCGCUGAGAAAACCUGCUCCCGGUGCCCUGGAGAGGCCUGCUAGAGAUGGUUAUAACUGGAGGAAAUAUGGACAGAAGGUGGUUAAGGGAAGUGACUGUCCGCGAAGUUACUAUAGAUGCACGCACCUCAAAUGUCCUGUCAAAAAGAAAGUUGAACGAUCCGUUGGUGGGCACAUAACUGAGAUCACAUAUAAAGGGCAGCACAACCACGAACUUCCUAACCCGAACAAAAGAAGGAAAGAUGAGUGUGAUCUGGACGGUGGAGAGAACAUCCAAGUGAAUUCUGAAAUUGCUUCUCAUAGUUGGACUGAAAUGAACACAUCAAACGAGGCUGAGUUUUCUGAGUCUGCCCAGUUUUCCACCAAAUUGCCAUCUGAACAAGUCGAUGUGGGGUGUGACCUUGAUGAUAUGGAGGAGACUGCAAUGGCAUUAGAUGAGGAUGAUGUACAGAAUCCUAAGAAAAGGAGCUCAGAGGUUGUGUCAUCUGCUAUGCCUUCAUCUCUUAAAACGGUCACUGAAUCCAGAAUCAUAGUGCAGACAAGAAGUGAUGUUGACCUUUUGGAUGAUGGGUACAAGUGGCGAAAAUAUGGGCAGAAAGUAGUAAAGGGGAAUGCUAAUCCAAGGAGUUAUUAUAGAUGUACAUACAGUGGAUGCAGUGUUCGCAAACACGUUGAAAGGGCUUCAACAGAUCCCAAAGCAGUUAUAACUACGUAUGAAGGCAAACACAAUCACGAUAUCCCUAAUGGGCGGAACAGCAACCGCAGCCAAACUAACGCUAACGUUCUACAACUGAAGCAGGAAAGCACGCUCGCAGUUAACAGCUGAAAGUUGAUGGCGAUAACCCAAUUCUUCGUUUUCUUGCAAAACCUGUUUGCAGAUGUCCAUUGGCUCCUUUACACACAGUUUGUGUUACCUGUAAGCUUUCGCCUUCCUCUUUUGCUUGAUGCUUCCCAUGGUUAGUUUGCAUCAGGUUGUAAGCUUGAUAAAUAAGUAGUAGUGCACAGUGAAGAUCUGUGAGCUCUCAAUCUUGUGUAUUUUGUUUCAUAUGUGGUGGAUCCAAGUGAAUGUUUACUUGCAAAGUUGCAAGCUUUAAUGUUGAAUGUCUGUCUGGCUAAAAUUUCAUUGGAACUAGGAUGCCUGUUUUCUUCUC